AUGGCAGAAACAUCACCUGCAGAGCCUUCUCGACACCUUUUUGUCCACUCGGACACUCACAGUGACUUGGUCCUGGCCAGUUUUGAGGAUCAGAGGAGGAAAGGCUUUCUCUGUGACAUCACUUUGAUCGUGGAGAAUGUGCAUUUCCGGGCCCACAAAGCCUUACUUGCUGCUAGUAGUGAAUACUUCUCAAUGAUGUUUGCUGAAGAGGGGGAGAUCGGCCAGUCCAUUUAUAUGCUGGAAGGCAUGGUUGCAGAUACCUUUAGCAUCCUGCUGGAAUUCAUCUACACAGGUUAUCUCCACACUAGUGAAAAAACUACAGAGCAAAUCCUGGCCACUGCUCAGUUCUUAAAAAUCUAUGAUCUGGUAAAGGCUUACACAGACUUUCAGAAUAACCAUAGCUCCCCGAAGCCAGCAACAUUGAAUGCUGCUGGAGCCCCAGUGGUGGUUAUUUCUAAUAAGAAAAAUGACCCUCCCAAGCGGAAGCGGGGAAGACCAAGAAAAGUCAACAGUUUGCAGGAGGGGAAAUCAGGACUGGCUGCAGAGGAAGAAAUACAACUAAGAGUGAACAAUUCCGUUCAAAAUACCCCGAAUUUUAUAGGUAAAGGGGACAGUGGUGUAUUGGACCAGCAGAUUCCAACUAAAGAAGUGGCAGACUCUCAGCCUUCUUGUGAGGCAAGUAGAGUGGAAGAAAUGCCAGCUGAAAAAGAUGAGAACUGUGAUCCCAAGACCCAGGACGGACCAGAAACCCAGAGCCGGUAUAGCAAGCGGCGCAUUUGGAGAUCUGUCAAACUUAAAGAUUACAAGCUUGUUGGGGAUGAAGAGGAUCUAAGUUCCACCAAAAGGAUCUGUGGAAGGAGAAGACGUGCUGGCCCUGAGGCACGCUGUAAAGACUGUGGCAAAGUCUUUAAGUACAAUCACUUUUUAGCAAUCCACCAGAGGAGCCACACAGGGGAACGGCCUUUCAAAUGUAACGAAUGUGGCAAAGGCUUUGCCCAGAAGCACUCGCUGCAGGUGCACACCAGGAUGCACACGGGUGAGCGGCCGUACACCUGCACCGUGUGUAGCAAGGCCCUGACCACCAAGCACUCACUGCUGGAGCACAUGAGCCUGCACUCAGGACAGAAGGCCUUUACCUGUGAUCAGUGUGGAAAGUACUUCAGCCAGAAAAGACAACUAAAGAGCCAUUACCGAGUUCAUACAGGCCACUCAUUACCGGAAUGUAGCCACUGCCAUCGCAAAUUCAUGGAUGUGUCUCAGCUAAAGAAACACCUACGAACACACACAGGUGAAAAACCAUUCACUUGUGAAAUCUGUGGCAAAUCUUUCACAGCAAAGAGUUCUCUUCAGACUCACAUCAGAAUCCACAGAGGAGAGAAACCGUACACCUGUGGCAUAUGUGGCAAGUCUUUCUCUGACUCCAGUGCCAAGAGGAGACACUGCAUCCUGCACACUGGCAAAAAGCCCUUCUCCUGCCCCGAGUGUAACUUACAGUUCUCCCGCUUGGACAACUUGAAGGCUCACUUGAAAAUCCACAGCAAAGAGAAACAUACGCCAGACACCAGCAGUGUUGCCGGCACAAAUAAUACUGAAGAGGUCAGGAACAUUCUCCAGCUGCAGCCGUAUCAACUCUCUGCCUCCGGAGAGCAGGAAAUCCAGCUCCUCGUAACCGAUUCUGUACAUAAUAUCAAUUUCAUGCCAGGCCCCAGCCAGGGAAUCAGCAUCGUCACUGCUGAGAGUUCGCAGGGCAUGACCACCGAGCAGGCCGCGAAUCUCACCCUGCUCACGCCGCAGCCGGAGCAGCUGCAGAAUUUAAUCCUCUCAGCGCAGCAGGAGCAAACGGAACACAUCCCAAGCCUCAAUAUGAUUGAAAGCCAGAUGGAGCCAUCCCAGACUGAGCCUGUGCAUGUAAUCACACUCUCCAAGGAGACUUUGGAACAUCUUCAUGCCCAUCAAGAGCAAACCGGGAAUCUACAUUUAACAGCGAGUACUUCAAAUUCGGCUCCACUGCAGCUAACACGAGAGCCUGGCUGGUCACCACCUGCCCUUCACAUGCCCCAGACCACGCCACUUAGCCAGGAUCAGAACCGAGCCAAACAUGUCUGGCUCCUUUCUUGA